UAGAGAAAUCAUUGGAUAAGUAUUUGUGAGAAAGCACUCCAUCAUUAAGGCAUUUUAACUUUUAAUUUGAACUUCACAAGAAGUUAAUCGAUGGACUGGAGUCCUGUGGAUUGUUGUGAUGUUUUUAUCAGCUGUUUUGACUCUCAUUCUGACGGCACCCAUUCACUGCAGAGGACGCACUGGUGAGCAAAUGAUGUAAUGCUCAAUUUCAGCAAACCUGUUCUGAUAAAGAAAUUGUAUUUACAUCUUGGAUGGCCUGAGGGUGAGUGAAUAUUACUGCAAAUGUUCAUUUUUGGAUGAAGUAUUCCUUUUAAGGCGCUGUGUCAGUAACAAGCUAUUGUAUCCCUACAAAAGGUACCGUUUUUUUUUUUUUUUUUGCACUUCUUUUUUUACCCUUUCCUUUCUAACCAUGCAGCAGAGCAUUCUAUACAUAUCCACAUCGAGGAAUGCCCAAGGGCUUGAGAAACUAAUUUUGAACUCACCUUGCACUGCUGUUUCACAGGCUGAAAGAGUCAGCAUUAAGGAUCAGAGCAAGUGGUCAAACAAGAAGGCUCCUCAACAAUGUGUUGUUUUGAAGGCUCAAACAAAUGGAGACCUAAGUUCAAACCGAAUCAAAAAGGAUGAGAAUUCACCUAAGGAGCAUCCCAGACCCUUGAGAUCUCAAGCUCAAGUCUUAUAUUAUCCAGCAUCUGGAAAGACAUUUCUUAGCAGCGCAGCUUCUUCAAACCUGGUCAAAGCAGUUCCGUUGGCACACAGAAAUCAUUACUCACAAAAUUCCAUCUCUAAAGUGUUUGCUAAAAACUAUGACAUUACAAAGAAAACAAAACCGCUAGUAGCAGGUGAAGAAAAUGAAGGUCAAACGAAAUCAAACAGGCAACCUAGAAAUAACAUCCAAGAGGUGCGUGAAUAUUUGCAUCACCAGGCCGUUGAGAGAAGGAGAAAGGUGCUGCAAAUGAGGAAAGAAGUACAGCAAGAGGACCAGAGGAAGCAAAGGAAUAUGCAUGAAGUAGUUAAAAAACAAAGGCAAGUGCUCCACAGGGCCAAGAGAGAACAGCAACAGGAGUACAAGGUAUGUAAAUGAAUGUUGACUGGAAAAUGCAAAUGUUCUUACAUAGACAAAUGAAAAACUUAGGCAUUACCAUCUUCAUGUUGUUGCAAU